AUGGCUGCUUCUCCCAUCUCCAAUGACAAACCCUUUGGAAUUGCGCAGAUCAAAGCGUAUAUUCCGAUCUCUCUUGACAUGAGGAAACUCAAAUACGACAAGUGGCGUGAACUCUUUGAAACCCACUGUCUCAGUUUCGGUGUCCUUGGACAUCUCGAUGGCUCCUCCUCUUCAACUCCGGCGACUGCUAAAGAGUGGAAGGAGCGUGAUGGUCUUGUGAAGAUGUGGAUCUACGGCACCAUCUCCGAGUCCAUCCUUGAUACCGUUCUUAAAAAGAACGCCUCUGCUCAUGAGUUUUGGCUCUCCAACUUGAAAGUGAUCUCCACCACUGCCGAUCUCCUUGCCAACAUUGAUUCUCCCGUGACAGAUCGUGUUUUGGUUAUGCAUCUCUUGAAUGGCUUGUCUGACAAGUUUGAUUCCAUCAUCAAUGUUAUCAAACACAGGACCCCAUUCCCCGGUUUCCUUGAAGCCCGAUCCAUGCUGCAUAUGGAGGAAGACCGUCUCUCCAAGAUGGUGAAGUCGUCUCCGAGUCACCAUGACACCCCAUCUUCUUCCACAAUUCUCUACACCAACUCCGAUGGCUCAUCUCGUUCGUCCAGCAACAACACCAACAACUUUGGUCGUGGUAGCAGGCAUCGUAACCGUGGUGGCGGUCGCUCUCGUGGUCGAGGCCGAUUCAACAACAAUUGGCCGCCCAACAGUUACGCUUCCUCGUGGUACUAA